AGACAGUCAGGCUUCAGUCGUGGAGCAGAACGAGAGCCACAGGCAGAGGAGGAACAUGCGUCUCCGUGCAGGUCUGCUGACUCUGUGCUUCGGGUGGGCAUUUGCCUUUUACCCCAACCGAGAAUCCCCAGACGUAGGACUAAGUGACCUCACCGAUGAAGACAUCACUACAAACGCCAUCCUGAGGGCUGUGGCCACUUUUAUGGAAGGAAACCCGCUGCCAGGAAAGCCCGGCUUCAAGCCAGGGGAGCUGGUGGGCUUGGACCCCCUGACUCCGACCAGUCUGUUCAAGGCGUACUUCCGAGCCGACGUGUCUCCGAAUCAGUUCGUUCAGGCGAUUCAGAACAUCGUGAGUGGAAACAACGAAGUGGAGCGGCUGCACGCGCAGGAGAGCGACUACCAUUUCCACUGUGAGCAGAUCGCUACGAGCAUUACGUUGUUCCAGCAGUAUCGCGAUGGGAUUUUCACCCAAAUUAAACAAUCAAAGGAUAAAAUGGAUCUCAAUGCCUAUGAAAUGGCCCGACUGGAAACGGGUACCGCGCUGCACAUCCUGCAGAAAUUCUACAGCAACACCAACUGGGUGGAAAUGGGAAAGCGGACCCCCUACAGACGUCUCGUGAAAGCUUCUGACCCCGUAUUCCCAAUUGCCUCAUCAGCAACAAAGACUUGCAAGGACUGCCUUCCUACUGAGAGUGGCAGUUUAAAAUGUAGCGGGAAUCUCCUGGUAGACAACCUGCUGACCAGCGGUUACAAAAAGUCAGAAACCUGUGCCACCAAACCAAAAGGAAAAUGCGGGCAUGGCGGCAAAUACGAUGAGACGCGACUUCAGUCCCCUACAGGUGGCAUCAACAAAGAAACUGCCAAUCCAGAGCUCUCUCCUCACUCCAAUUUACACUACAAGGCGGCUCAGUUAGCGGAGGAUGCCACCGUAGAGUUCUUCGUAGGGCCAGGUUUCGGGUUCCUGGACAGCCUCGGGCCUUCCGUUUUCAGAAAAUUUUUCAACCUGCAAGGUUACUCUUUGACGUUUGUCAUCGACACGACGGGCAGCAUGAGCGGCGAAAUCGAGCUGGUCAAGACCACCUGCAUCAACAUCAUCAAAAAGUUUGUGAACUCCCCGGAUGCGCCUUACAAUUACGUGCUGGUGCCAUUCAAUGAUCCCAGUUUUGGCCCAGCAAUUGUAACCCACGAUGUGGCGUAUUUUCAGAGUCAGAUUGGCGCUCUCACAGCCACUGGGGGUGACGACUGUCCAGAGAUGUCCAUGAACGGCCUAAAGCUGGCCUUGGCAAACAGUGAGCCCAGGUCGAAUAUCUUCCUCUUCACGGACGCUGGUGCAAAAGACGUCGCCUUGCUGGAGGAAGUGAUGAUCCAGGCCAGUUCUGUUCAAACCCAAAUUUAUCCCAUGUUGACUGGGUAUUGUAGCGCGUCAGGAGGCGGAGUUGAAGAGAACGAGUACGAGAAGCUGGCCAAGGUGACGGGUCAACACUACACCCUCGUCCAAAAGGGGAAGCUGAACUCCGUCCUGGGAAUCACAGAACUGGCCCUGAAUUCGGCUCCUGCUGUGCUCGUGCAGGUCACUGAGAGAACCAAGAAGCUCCUCUUCUACGUCGACGAAACCCUACAGGAGCUCAGCAUCUCCGUGAAGAAGAAGAACGACGUGCCCUUUUACUUCACUCUGCUUACACCAGGGGAUUCUGAUAAAACUUGGAGCAGAAGGAAGCGGGCCGUUACGGCGGAUACAAAAGUUUCAUCCUUAGUCAACACCACCAACUACCAGGUGAUAAAAGUGCAGGUGACACAACCGGGCCAGUGGGCAGUGGAGAUGAGCAGCUUGGACACGUACACGUUUGAGAUUGCUGGGAAAAGCCUGCUGGACUUCUCGUAUAAAAUAAUGGAGGAGAAAAACGGAUACGUGCUUCCUAUACAAGGGCGACCUGAAAAAGGGGCCGAGUACAUCCUGUCGGUGGCAGUGGAAGGUGACAGCGGUAAACUGACCUUGACACGGGUUAUAAUAUUUGAUGAAACAGGAAAGAUAAAUAAGGCGUAUGACUUGAACAAAAGUACGGACAGCCGUGGAGAACUGCGAGUUUCAGUGCCCGUGAGGUUUAAUCUAACGAGUUUCAUGCUGGGAAUUGGUGGCAAAACAGAAAAUGGAAGCGAGUUUCUUAGAUCUAAGCCGCAUCUUAUUCAUACUGAGAGCAUUUCACUGAAAUUGUCAGAAGGACAGAAGAGUACCUUGACUGAGGGAACUUCACUGAACGUCUUAGUGAUCGCCUCCAAUGAAGGACCAGACCAGACCUUCACGUUUAACGUCAAAGAUGAGCUCUCUUUGAUGCGGUCGUUUAAUCCACAAAGUAUCCUUAUCGCUCAAGGACAGAACGUGACGCUGACGGCGACCUUUGAAGCCCCAAAGCCCAUCCGUCAGCAGUCGUCAAGCCUUGUGACAUUUACAGCUAAAGGUGGCACAUCAACCAACUACCUGAAGAGCGUCAUAACUGUGGUGCCAGAAGUCAAGGAGAUUCCAGAUCAGGACCCCCCUCAAUAUAACAUCACACAACUGGGGGACAUCUGCAAAGGAAAAAAGAAGCCUGUUCAAGUGUGCAAAAGCCACACCUGGGACUUGGAGUUCCAGGCUUGGGACAACAGAAGUGCCGUCUCUGUUGAACUCGGCCUUCCUGCUGCUGAAAUCCCACCUGUGUAUUCCCUGAACUGCAGCGACACCAUCAUAUCGGGAGUCUCCUGGGCCAGCUGCCAGUACAGUUCUGACUGCUGCUAUCCUCAUGUGUCUCUCAUUCUGACUGACGAUACAGGAAACGCAAACCUCCUUGAUGUCGAUUUUCGCGACUCACAGAAGGAAAAUGGGAGCAGUGAAUCCCGAAUUCAAAGCAGCGUCGUCCUUGCUGUGUCCCUGCUGUCUGCCAUCUUCUACUGAUGACCUCCUUCAAGAGAUUAUUAAAGGAAUGGGAGUGUGCGAAGUAUGUGAAUAAAACAAUCUUACGUCUUUGGAA